AUGUCCGACAGCAGCAAAUCACACCCACCGGUGACGUUCCUCAAGAUCCACCACCCCGAUGAUCUCCGCAUCAAAGAAACUCGAUUUACAGUAGCUUCCUAUACGCACAAGAAACGAGGAAGACGACCACUGGGCAUCUCGCUUGACAAAAACCUGGCAGUGUCACGGACAAGAUCCACCACACCCGUGAUCACCGACGAGGAUCCCAAUGUUUCAGGUGGUCAAUCAGAACAAGGAGGAUCCGAGGACCUUCAAGGCGGAGCAUUUGGCUUCUUGUCUGGACCAGAUAUUCGAACCAAUGGCGAUGCCAAUGUUCAAUCGAAAAUACAUCUUUUUGGUGGAAACCCAAACCGGGUGACAGUGUUUGGUCAAUCUGCUGGAGCUGGUUCAAUCCUUCACCAAAUUACAGCAUACGGCGGGAUGAACGGAUCGGUGCCAUUUCAGCAAGCCAUCCUUCAUUCUCCAGGUUUUCAGCCUGUGCCCAGCAAUUUCCAGCAAGACACUCUGUUCAUUCGAUACCUAGAUGCCCUGAAUGUCACCAGUUUAGAUGCAGCCCGAAAACUUCCAUACCAGGGCCCUCCAGAAAGCCAAUCGUGA